CAAUUGCGUUAAAUUUACUUUGAAGGCCACAAAAAAAUCGUUAGUUGAGCGUAACUUGACGGACAUCCUGCUUGCUCAGUCGGUCGAGUCUUUUUUUAUUCACACAAGAUGAGGUCGGCGGUGCGGUCAAUUCUGCUCGGGCUCCUGGUGUGUCUUCAAAUGGACGGUGCUCCGGCCCGUAGUAGCCCCGGGGCAGACCAGGUGUCCGAAGCCGACAUCCAGCGGCUUCUGCACGGCGUCAUGGAGCAGCUUGGCAUCGCUCGGCCCAGGGUGGAAUAUCCUGCCCAUCAGGCCACAAACAUCGUCGGGCCACAGAGUAUCCAGGGUGGUGCUCACGAGGGAUUGCAGCACCUUGGUCCCUAUGGGAACAUUCCCAACAUAGUGGCUGAGCUGGCAGGUGACAACGUUCCCAAAGACUUAAGCGAUGAUCACAGCUACCCAGAUCCUCCAAAUCCUUGUCCACAGGGAAAAACUGCAGCAGACGGGUGUUUGGAAAAUGCCCCGGACACUGCCGACUUCAGCCGGGAAUUUCAAAAGCACAGUCACAUUUACGGUCCAGGGAAUGAGUACCCUGCUCUGAUGAAGUGGAACAAGGAGCGUUUAUACCAGAAGCUGAAGGGAGGACCAAAAAGAAAGAAAAGGAGUGUAAAUCCAUACCUGAGGGGCCAGAGGCUUGACAACGUUGUCGCAAAGAAAUCGGUUCCUAGUUUCUACGAAGACCAGAAUGACGAGGCAUCAACCAUUACUGCAACUACAAAAGCAACAAAUUAAAACAUAUCCCAGAGACAUCCUGUAUUUUAAAAUGGUAUCUGUGUGUGUGUGUGUGUGGGGGGGGCUUUUUGGUUCAUUUCAAAGUUGUCGCAGAACUGCUGUUUGUUGAUGUUUAUAGGGGAAUGUGACAAACGGAAAUAUUUGUGAAUUUAACAAGUUAGUGACUUCAGUUGAUUGUGAUUAAGGUAUGAUUCUCCUUUUAUGAAAACUUACCCUCCAAUCAGUGCUUUUGUUGUUGAAGUGAAAAUUCAAAUGUGAUUUCAGAUGACUUGAGAUAAAGCUGUGCAAUGUUUAA